AUGGGUGGUCCAAUGGAGUCUGGUCGGAAGAGAAAGGUCAGUGUACGAGAAGUAAUGACAAGUCAAGAUCAACACAAAAUAUACCAUGCCUUUAAAGUAGGACCCCCCUCAAAACUUGAAUUCUCAAAAAAUGAAGCAAAUCACCUCUUCCAUCCACACAAUUACGUGCUAGUCACUUCUCUAAAAAUAGCCAACACAAAGGUGCAUCGAAUUUUAGCGGAUGGGGGUAGCUCAACCGACAUCAUCUCUUUAACAGCUUAUAAAGCUAUGGACCUAGGGGAGAAGUUGCUUAAGAAUAGACCCACACCCCUAAUAGGGUUUGGGGGAGAGCGAGUCAUCCCAGAAGGGAAGAUUGAGUUGCUAGUGACAUUUGGAAGUGGGCUAAGAAGCAUCAUCAAGAUGAUAGAAUUUUUAGUUAUCGACUAUGCAUCCUCUAACAAUGCGAUAUUGGAAAAACCGACCAUACAUAUGCUGAAGGUAAUACCAUCUACACAUCACCAAUCACUGAAAUUUCCAACGUUAGGGGGCAUCGGAGAGAUUAAGGGGGAACAGCUGAUAUCUCGUGAAUGUUACUACACUUCUUUGAGAGGCAGUUUUGAGGAACGAAAGUCUCCUCCUUUUAAAGAGCCAGGAGCUAUAGGAUAG